UCUCUCAUCGCUAGAGAAUUCCACCACGUGUACAAAAGCAACGAUUUACCCCCCGAACUUUCCAUAAUUUAUUCUCUUUUCCGGCUAAUUUCUCGCGAGAUCUGAGAUAUACCGUGACCCAAAACAGUGGGUAUCCACUUCCGGUUUCCUGAGAUGACCUGGAACUGCAGGCGCCGUGCACAACAGUCGUAGUCCCAACUUCUCGGCGCUCUAGCGGCUCACAAAAGACGGGAAAAUCACCGUCAUUGCCGUCCCGGCGGGCCCUCGUCCCGAUCCCGCCGCCUACACCUUCGACGUCCCCGCUACGAAGGCUUCGGCCGGGGAGGAAUCUUCAUAUAUGGGGUUCUCAAGAACCAUGCAGACGAGGUACCAGCUGCUCAUGGCGCUACUCUUUGUAGCUGCUAUCAUCUACUUGGAGAAUCAGAUCCAGCGCUUAGAAGCGGCCAGGGACAAAAUGGAACAUGUCCUGGCCACAAUGCAGCUACAUUCCCUCCAAGUCCCCCAGUUCAGGAGGAGUGACGACGAUCUCGCCAAGUCCAACGACCAAAUCGUCAUAUACAACAGAGUGCCAAAGACGGCGAGUACGUCAUUCGUUGGUCUAGCGUACGACUUGUGUCAGCGUAACGGUUACAACGUUAUCCAUCUCAACACAACCAGAAACUCCCCCAUCAUGUCGAUACAAGACCAGGAGCGGUUUGUCACAAAUGUGACCAACUGGAAUGCAAAGAAACCAGUCUUCUACCAUGGACAUCUGUCGUACUUGGAGUUUGGACGGUUUGGUCUGUCGCAAAAGCCAGUCUACAUCAACAUCGUAAGAAAACCGCUGGACAGACUGGUCUCCUACUACUACUUCGUCAGGUGGGGGGACGACUUUAGGCCCCACCUCAGACGAAACAAGCAUGGCGACAGUAAGACAUUUGAUGACUGUGUAGAGCAAGGAGAGCCAGACUGUGCGCCUGAGAAACUCUGGAUGCAGGUUCCCUUCUUCUGCGGACAUGCUGUUGAAUGCUGGGAACCCGGAAACAGGUGGGCCUUAGAAGAGGCCAAGCGGAACCUGGUGGCCAACUACUUCCUGGUGGGAGUGACCGAAGAGCUGGAGGAUUUUGUCAUGUUGCUGGAGGCAGCUCUGCCCAAAUUCUUCAGGGGAGCGACAAGUCUCUUCCAACAAGGUAACUGCCAGGAGAAGCCUGGAGGUCCACCCUGCCCCGCCGGUACCGGCGGGAAGUCCCAUCUCAGAAAAACAUCCAACAAACAGGAGCCGUCCAAAGAGACCAUCAGAAAAAUCCAGAGGUCCCAAAUCUGGCAGAUGGAGAACGACUUUUACCAGUUCGCGCUCAAUCAGUUUCACCACGUCGUGCGGAGAUCGUUACGACGGGUCAACGGCGAGUUGACGCCGCUAGGAGCACAGUUUUUCUAUGAGAAGAUCCGGCCACGGUAGUACAGGCUAUGCCACGAUAGGAUAAGAAAAGGAGACAUUAUUUUGUAGCCAUCUUGUAGCAAAUAAGACUCGUCUUGUAUUGUUCAACAUCAAGUGCCCAUCCUAGAAAUCUGAAGAAAAAAAGUUGUUUUUUUAUUCUGCUUUAUUUGAAGAGAUAGAGGAAAAUUUCAAGCUGACAAUUGCUUAAGCAAAGGAUAGAUUUAUAUUAAACAGUCAGGCAUUUCAGGUAGCAUUCACUUCCCUUUAUUAGUAACUGAGGCUUAUAGUGGAUGCUACCUGUAACGUCGGACUGUUCAGUAUUAGUCUAUCUUGCUUUGUUGGUUGAGUAAUUGUUUCUUUGUGUACAUUAUUUACCUGAAUGUCUAACCUUCAUCGAUGUACAAAGGAAAACUUCAAUCAUGAAAUGUUGUCCAAGACUUCAGUAACUCUAGAGUUAGACAUUUGUUUGUAAAUGUUCUGUGCUGACAACCACAACUCUGCAAUUUAAAUAGGUUUUAAAACAUUCAAGUAAAUUCUAGUACAACAGACUGCAACAUUGUUUUUUUUACAUCUUUCAUAUUUGUGGGAGGGGGGUAAGAUAUAAGACAUUUACAUGUAUACCAGACAGUAAGUGAAUAUGUUGCAUACAUGUAAAUUUAGUAUAGAGAUAUUAGUCACAUUUUUUUUAGUUUAGAAAAGUAACAUAUAAAAAAGUGUCAAGGUAUACAUAUUUUUGUGUGAAAUGUUGCAAUUUUUAUGUGAAACCUUUGACAGGGAGUUUCUAAGGCAUUUCAAAACUAUGUGUACAUAUUUAUAUUAUUUGGCAAAUGUCUUUUUUAAGACAUUUUCUGAACUAUGUUCUUGUACUCUAAAAGAUACAGAAGUAUUCAAGAUGAUGUAUUGACUUGGAUUUUGUUUUUGGCAAGCUUAAGAUAGGAUUUUUAGCAACUUUGUUUAUAGAUCAUAGGUUUACCAAGAUAUAAUGUCACAUACAUGUAGCUAAUAUGUAACUUUUGUAAUGUUUUUGUUACAUCUUUGUAACAAAGGAUUGUGAGUACCAAAAAAUACUGCAGGUCUUUGACACCAUGCUUGCACUAACCUCCAUUAGAAAUUUGUGCUAAAAAAAUGUUUUUGAAAUUUCAUUUUUAGCCUUCUAGAGGCUUAGUUCUUGUAUAGUUAUAGGGCUUCGCAUGACAAGUUUGGAAAAUAGUCAAAUAUUACCCUAAUUUAAAAAAAAUCUUUGUUAAAGAUGAACAGUCACAAGCUUAGCUUACUGCAUAAUCUUUAAAUGAAAAACAUGUGCAUCAUAGAUACAAAGUCAAGAUUUCCAUAUGGCCCACUGAUGUAUUAAAUUUCUGUUGUCAGUGAAAUAUUAGUACUGAUAGAUAUUUUAUAUGACUAGUCAGACAGCCAGAUGUUUGGAUUCAAUUUGAUAAGCGCCAGUUUUGCAUCAUGUAAAAUUGAAAUCAUGUCAGUGCUGUUGAUGUGACAAUAUCGGAUAAGUGAAAUUUGUAGCAGUUUGUAUGUGGAAAGAAGGACCCCUAUCAUUUUGUGUACAAACUGCAGCUUGCUUUGUCCAGAAGAGUCAACCUUGAACUGUUGAAGUGUACCUCAGUGAGUGCCAUGUUUGUACAAUUAUUUGAGGAGUCCAAAGAUGAUUCCAUUUUCAUCCUGGGAGAAUAUCUGUAUAUGUGUAGCCCAAUUACCAAAUAUCAUAAACAUGUAACCGACAACAAUACAUAUCUAGAAAAUCUUGCUAUCUUACUAAUAAAUGUGGAUUCUGGCUCAUUUAAUUCAGUCUGUACUCACAAAGUCAUGCAAACAACAAAGACUUCAAGAUUAGGCAAAAGUACCCAAAACUUUUGUCCAAUUUACCGUAAUCUUCUCAGAAGGCAACAGUAUCUGAAGACUCAUUGGUCAAUCAAAGUCAUGUGACGAAACAUGGUAGACUUUUGACAGUCAUAACCUAAUCAGGUCUAUUAGUAGAAUUUUGAGUUUUUAAAAAUCUGUUUUAGUUUAGUUUUUGUCAUUCACAUGCCCUGCAAGCUAUCAAUUGUUGGAAGUGACAUUGUACACAAUUACUUUAUCUGACAGAAUUUAAAAGCUAUAUAAGAGCUGCAAAGAACCCUGCUUGAAAUGUUUCAAGAAAUAAUGCAUUUCUCAGAUGGAUACUUUUAAUAUGACUCAUUUUUAAGAACUCUUCUUAUUCUGCAGUGACAUAUCUCACCAGGAUAAAUUUUUUGCGCCAGUUGUCCACCGCACCACGCUUCCAAGUGCUUCCGUCCGAUGGGUUCACGCUGAUUAGGCCGCAUACAUUAAAGUUCUUCCGAGCAAACUAAUCAUAAGACCAAGAUUUCUUUUGUCUGCCACCUCCUCUGUAUUAAUGCUCAAUCGUAAACGGGUAAGCCUCUUUUUCAAAAAGUCAGACUGCCCCCCUCCCCAACUAGAUAAAUAGUUACAGUUUACCUGACUGUACAUCAAGAAAUUAAGAAUUUUGAUCACUGUUUCUGUUCUCUUUUAUCAGAAUUCACCCAUUUUCAUGCAGAGCUAUUAAGUUUGAAUAUCGCAUGUACUUUUGUAUCAUACUGAUAUUUUUAUUCAUACAGGACCAGUUGUUUCAAAAGAUUCAUAGAUUGAUAAGAAUGUAGCUUUAAGUGUAUUUGAGAAAGUUCCCAGCUAGUGUACAACAUUAACAGUCUAGUUCACCUUUAUCCGUGGGGUAACCUAUAUCCAUUGCUUUCUAUCUGUUGGGUAACCUAUAUCCAUUGCUUUUGAAAACCUGUGUAUUUGGGGAUAUUUAUGAGUCAACAGACAGUUUCAAACUGAAAUAUUUUUAGAUUAUAUUGCAGUUUGAAACCACUCUUAGAAACCACAGAUGAAGGUAAACUAGCAUUAGUUAUACUAUUUAGCAAUGAUUUAGGGCAUACCAGAUAAAUUUGAAAUGAAAAAAUAAUGCAAAGAGUCCCAAGUUUAGGCCUUGAUGCACACAUUUUUGGAGUGAAUAUAUAGCCAGAUUCAAGAUUGCCUCCCAGCCCUCUGUCUUUACCUUGUCCUUUUGCUUGGCUUAAAGUUGAAAAACCUUUGUGAACCACAAAAAUUUAGUUGCGUGGCCUACAUGUAAUAAAGGUGCUUUUGCAGAAGUAGCUGUAUUCUGAAACAGGUGACAAUAUAAGUCUAGAAUAAGUCUUAACCCGCAACACUGUAUUUUUUUCUACUGGGUAGUUCGGCCAAAUGAAUCAAUUGUCUACCAGGAUUAUGUAACAAAAGGUUAUUAAUAUCUAUUGUAAUUAUAUGUGUCCAGGGACUUAUAAUUAUGCAGAAUUCUGAUAAUAUCAGCAUGAUAUAAUAUUCUGCAGGACUUUUCAGAAUUCUGGGAACUACUGACAGAAUUUGGGCAAACUGUAUAUUAUAUUAGAAUUUAAGAUGUUCCCCUCUAUAAUUGGUAUUCUUCAGCAUCAGCAUCAGAUUAUGUGUUUAUGAAUUGUCUUCCCUAAAAGUCAGACUGUCAUUCUGGAUUUAUAGUGUUGCUUGUUACUUAUAGGUGUCCAAAGUUAUCAUAACACAUGUAUACCCGGUAUCUUCCAUAAUUCCUAUUCAAGAUGUUUUAAGUGUUACCCAGUACAUUGUUUAAUGUCCAAAAGGUGUAUGGAAAUUGAUAAAGGUGUAUUUUGUUUCCAUGGGUAUUGACAAUGUCUUUCCCUGUUGUAAAUAAAGAAAAUGUUUUUAUAAA